CCCCCCCAACCCGCUAUCUAUUCUAUGACUUCCUGUCUCUCUCUCUCUCUCAUUACUUCUUCUUCUUCCCAUUCCUUGUUCACACCAACCUCUUUCCUUCAUACUGGUCUAUGCAAACGAUGAUAUCACAGUUUGUCCGUAAUUACGACUGUCGCUUGUGCUUGCACGCUCUCCCUCGCGUCCAUUCCCUUCUUGGGAAAGGUCUGCUGCUGUGAGUUGCUGACUGGAUCUGACGCUUGUUCCCAUACAUCGAACUAUAGACACCCGGUUCAAACCACUUGAUUGUACACACGGGAAAUAGGAGGAUUUUUGGGUACCGCUUGCCAGCAUGAGUUUUCGCGAAAAGGUUCGCAGGGUGUUUCGUCGCUCGUCUAGCGGUUCGAAAUCGAAGGACCAGUCCAAUCCCAUCAAAAUCGAGUAUUACAAGCGCCAUGAAAUUCCACCGUCCAAGUUCAAGGGCCCAUUUGACCGCGAGCAUCAAAAGAGGCUGGCGGCAUGGUCCUUUGGCGACGCCCAGGACGAACGCCCUCGUUCCUCGGAUCUCUCUUUGUCCCCUUGCGCAUCGUUGCCCGACUAUUUGAGGCCUCGUGUCCAGGAGCAUAGUGUGGCUCCUGACGAGAUCCCCUCGAUUGCCCCAGAGCAUUUGUCUGAUGUUUCCGCCACGAUCUCCGACGACGAGCGCCAGGAGAACAGUGGAUCCACCUCCUCGACUGCGUAUGACCCGGACAGCUACAGCAGCUCCAUGAUGACUCUCUUCGACGAAGUGAUCCGACAGGACUCGAUCGCCCACCUCAAGGAGACCAUCCGGUACACGUCACCCGUGGUCCGGGCCAUCUCCCCACCCCCGCUGUCCCCCAAGGGCAGCUACAUGCCGUUUGCCCCCGAAGAUUUGACCCGUGCUUUGAAUGCCGUGCAAAUCUGUGGUUAAACCGACUUCUGGCCAAGUCUCUUCACUUCUUACGUCACGUGAGCGUCCGACCACACGGCGCUUGCCUACUCGGACCCAUUUCCCAUAUUUUAAUCAUCGACGACCCUGGUGUGCGCUUCCAUUCUUCCCGCCCUAUUUCUCCCGAGUAGUGUGGCGGUUGGUCAUGAUUCGAGAUGACCCGAUUUACGAGGACCACUUUUCCGCCGCUUUGACGCGAGGGGGCAAAACUUAAUUCCCCCCCAACCUGGACCUCCACUUGCCUUCCAUGCAUGCAACGAGCGAUGUUUUCAAAAAGCGAACGGUUUCCCGUGUAUUGUGCUUUAAGCGUAUACCCGUUUGAGGUUUGAAUUUUUUUUUUCCCCCGGGGGUUCCCGGGGUGGAUUGUACUGUACGUACAUGAUUAUUAGACGAAUAGAAUCAGUGUACCAACAAGAAGCCCUUGUUUAUUUCCGCGGAGUAAGCCCAGCCAAGCAAAAAGUAAGGACAUGCAUAGAAACGAACCGGCUUCUAGACUCUUCCCCUCACCCACUGAGCAGUCAAGCUUUGAGGCAACCAUGGGAUGUUAAUCGUUACCGCCAAGACAAUAGACCAACAAACCGUUUCGACCCAACGUCGAUCCGCGUUACCCAGAAUGUCGGUCACGCGAUGCCACUGCCAAUAAGAUGAAGACUGUUAUUCGCAUGAUUGGUCUGGCCUUGGGGGACGCGUCG